AUGCGUACGCGAAGCCUUUCACCUCUGCAGCGGAGGCAGGUGCACAAGCUAGUGAAGGCAAGUAACCCCGCCCACAAAGCGCUCGCUGCAUGGGCGCACGUGCCGCGUCACAUCCACGCAACGCAGUUUUUCUCCACAAACACAGGAGGCCACACCUGGUCCAGCCAUUACGACUACAGCGGACAUUUCCGAUACCUGUACGACGAUUUACGUCCCGGCGCCUCCGGCGCAUGGAAGAUUUCUGAGAGCGCCGCGGCACUGGCGGAGGCGGACGAGGUGGCAUGGCUGUCGGCGGCCCCGCUGCAGCUGUGCGGAAUGCCCAACGACUGGGACUACGGGGACGGGUGGGACGAGGCUGGCGAGGAGGUGUGUUGGUCAUUCGAUGCGGAGCCGCUGGAGGAGUCACCGGCCCCGGUGAGCCCCGCGGCGGUGACGUCGCCGCCGGCAGCUGCGGCAGCGGCCGCGGAGACGCGUCUGACAUCAGCGACGGCCUCUGCUGUUGCUGCUGGUGGUGGUGGUGGAUUUGCGGCUACUGGCGUCUUGGCGGCCGAUGUCAACGCCGAUGAGGACGCAGCUGCCGCAAAACACGUAGCUAGCGGCGAACUGAAAGAUAUUGCCAGUACGGUAGCGGCAUCAGCGGCAAGGUCGCAGCCGGUCUCGAGAACGCCAGUGGUCGGGUACGAUAGCGAUGGAGCGCUGGACCGUAUUGUUCGGCUAAAGGACGAUGAGGAGGCCGCGGUGCCGGUGGAGAGAGGCGAGAUUGCGGCCACCGGAACGGCAACAUUUCGGAGUUCUGGAGACGCAGCAGUGCUGGCGGCGCCGAUCACGGCAAUGGUGGCAUCGGCCCUAGGUACUGUAACGGCCGCAGCGCUUGGCACCACUGAAGAACCUGCCACUGGGCUUGCUAUCAACAGCCCUAACACUGCUGGGACGGUAUCUGUUGUUCGGGGUUCGGUCCCCCUGGCUUCAGUCUCUCGGACAGCUCGAGCCGCAGCCGCCAGGGGGAUGGCCACAAACGCCUCCGCAUCACCAUGCACGAUGGCAAAGGUUGUCGCAAGUAAGGACUCUGCAACAGCACCACCUGGUGACCAAACGCCUCCGGUGCCAUGCCAGGAGGCGGCCACUGUACGGGGCAUCAGCCUGGACUCUGCUGCGUACCUGGUUUCGGAGGAGCAUCUAGAAGCACCCCGUCCAUGGCGGCAAUCUAGCGGAUGGGCCUCGCUCAGCGAAGGAGUUGUGGUAUACAGUCGGCGUCGCCUGCAACAGGUCCUCACCGGCAUUACCCGCGGGGCUCUCACCAGCGGCGCACCCAUUUCUUUGCUCGUACCAAUCUCGUCGUUCGGUUUCGACUGCAACACUCUCGUUGGCACUGGUCUCAACGCCUGCGCCGAGCCGCAGUGCGGGGACUUUUUCGGGCUGGAGCGACAGCCAGACGGCUCCAUUGUCUGCAACCAGGUUGCUGAGAUUCCUGCACCCGGAGCCAAUAAUGCCGGUGGUUCAACUGCUGUCGUAGCACCGUACACGUAUGAUGAGCUCUUCCAAUUUGGCAACAACGUCGUACUUGGCGGCGUUUCCUUAGGAGUGCAGGGCACCACCAACGACCGCUUUGUAACACGAAUCAACCAGUUUCCAACACUCACCAAGGACGCAACCGGGACGGCACGUGUGGCUACUGCAAAGGGCUCCUUCAAGGGGUACGAAGGUGUGCUACAGCGAGCCAAGUCCUCAGGCACCAUUGGUUUCUUCGACCCGAGGCAGCCCGUCACCUUCACCUUCGGCGCUAACUUGCGCACUAUCACCGACACCCUUAUUGAUCGCCUCAACGUGCCGGGAUACACCGCCCGGGAGCGUGAAAAGCCGGCGGACACUCGCCCCGACACCGCCUUUGGCCUGUCCAGGGUUAUCCUGGGCGGCUAG